UCCCCGGGAUCCUCCCCAGCCUGCCCAUUGGCGCCUGCGCCUUGCUCCCCACCCCGCCCGCACCUGCUCCAAGGCGGUCCCGCAGGACCCAGGCUCCGCCCCGCGCGCUGCAGCCCGCAGCCCAAGCCCUGGGCGGUGCCGGCCGGGGAGGCCUUCAGGUGCGCCCCGGGAAAAGAAUGAAGCCGGCCCUGGUGGACGACACUGAGGAUGUGUCCCUGGACUUUGGAAACGACGAGGAUCAGGAUUUCCAGAAAGCCAGGGUCAGACACCCCCUGGCCACCUUCUUCCACCUGUUCUUCCGCGUGAGCGCCAUCAUCACCUACGUGGGCUGCGACUGGUUCAGCAGGAGCCCCGUGGGCUGCUUCGUCACGGUGCUGUUCCUGCUGUCCUUCGACUUCUGGUCCGUGAAGAACGUCACAGGCAGAGUCCUGGUGGGCCUGCGCUGGUGGAACCAGAUCGACGAGGACGGCAGGAGUCACUGGAUCUUUGAAGCCAGGAAGGCAUCUCCCCAGCACGGGGACCCCACAGAAGCUGAGGCACGCGUCUUCUGGCUGGGCCUGGUCAUCUGCCCAAUCAUCUGGGUCGUCUUCUUCUUCAGCACCUUGUUCUCCCUCAGGCUCAAGUGGCUGGCGCUUGUGGUGGCCGGGAUCACCCUCCAGGCCGCAAACCUCUAUGGCUAUGUCCUCUGUAAGCUGGGAGGUGAUAGUGACCUGAGCAGGGUCACAGCCACUGUGCUGUCCCGGGCGGUGUUCAGGACGGUGAGCUCCGGGGGACUCCCUCUGACCAGCAGCCAACACGCUCAGACGGAGUCUGAGCUGGCCCGUGGCUCUGAGGCCGACACUCUCCAUGUGUGAACAUCUACAAGGCAGCUGCCCUGUGACCCUCGUUCCUUACUCUGCACUCAGGGCCCCCGGGGCCCAGCCCAUCCUCCUGCACCCAGUGGACUGUGCUGUACCUCACUACUUGGCCGUUUUGAAGGCCUGCCUCAGCAACUUCCAGAAGUCUGGGCUCCAGGGGCUGCAGGUUCACAAGCCUUAGCAUCUCUGGAAUAAAUGCUGUUCACCAGAGCAUGGACACAGACCCGUGUUUUGCAGGAAUGGGAUCGGGCGCCUGGUGGUGUUCACUCCUUCUAGCUGUGACUUAGCUGUCCAGCCGCCUCCAAGACCCCAACCUCAAGGGGAGGAGGCUACUGGGGUGCUAACAAGAUGGCACCUUCUGCCUUCACUUCUUCCUCAAGCCCUGCUGAGACUGUGCUGUGGCCACAGCAGCAUCCCUGGCCCACAGUGGUGCAGGAGGCCAGGACGAAACGCAUUUAUUUAGACAAAACUGGGUACACUUUCGCUGGCAUCAGAGCAGUGGCUGGCGGGAGAUUAAAGCAUCUCUGACAAA